AUGUCCGACGUUGAAGCUGCUAAGCGCGCUGCCGCCCAGACGGCUGUCGCAAACCACUACCCUAAGGAUGCUCGCUGGGUCGGUAUCGGUAGCGGGACAACAAUCGUGUACGUUGUUGAGGCUAUCAAGGCUCUUGGUGUUGACACCAGUGCCACCCGCUACGUGCCGACGGGCUACCAGUCCCGCCAACUGAUCAUUACCGCCGGAUUGACUGCCGUUGAGUUCGAUGCUAUCCCCGCUGGCACCGUGCUGGAUGUGGCUUUUGAUGGCGCUGAUGAGGUUGACGAGGAGCUGAACUGUAUCAAGGGUGGUGGUGCCUGUCUUUUCCAGGAGAAGUUGGUGGCUAUGCAGGCGAAGGAGUUCAUUUGUGUCGCUGACUCGCGCAAGCUUCAGCCUCGUCUUCUGACCAACUGGAAAUACAUUCCUAUUGAAGUCGCUCCUAUUGCCGCCCCCCGGGUUUUGAGAAAGCUUCUGGAACUUGGUAGUGUUAACCCGGUCAUCCGGACCAAUCUUGAUGCGAAGGAGGGACCUCGCAAGACCGAUCAGGAUUUUUUCCUGAUUGACGCUCCUUUCCCUGUUAUGCUGACCCAGGCCGAUGUUGCUGCAGGCAAGGUGUCUGGCAAGGAUGGUGUCUGGGAGGUGAACGAGCUAUCGAGAAAGAUCAAGGACAUUUGUGGUGUUCUUGAUGUCGGCAUUUUCUCUGGUCUGACCGGACCCCAGGCUAGCGCUGCUGGUGGUGUUGGUGGCCAGCGGCCUGUUGCGGCGUACUUUGGUAUGCCUGAUGGAUCUGUGUCGGUCCGCAAGGCUUCUGCAUGA